AUGAGUGGUGAUUACUUAUUAUUUGUAACCACUGCAACAUCCACCUUAGGUGUCAUUUCCUUCGGUAGUCACCGCAACAACGAAUGCAAGGAAGGCAAGGACUGGGAACUUCCUUUAUUUGAUCUGGGGACAAUCAUCGCAACGACCAACAACUUCUCAAUCGAAAACAAGCUUGGACGGGGUGGCUUCGGCCCCAUCUCCAAGGGAAAGCUUAGGAAGGAGCAAGAAAUAGCUGUGAAGAGGCUUUCAAAGACUUCGACACAGGGCACUGAUAAAUUCAUGAAUGAAGUGACGCUGAUUGCCAAGCUUCAGCACCGAAACCUAGUUGGGCUUCUAGGUUGCUGCACUCAAGAAGAGGAAAGGAUUCUGGUAUAUGAAUACAUGCCUAAUAAAAGCUUGGAUGCCUUCCUAUUUGGGAUUACUCAAGGUCUUCUCUAUCUGCACCGAGACUCUAGACUUAGAAUUAUUCAUAGGGAUCUCAAAGUUAGCAACAUUUUUCUUAAUAAAGAUAUGAAUCCUAAAAUAUCAGACUUUGGCUUAACAAGAAUAUUUAGAGGGGAUAACAUGGCACUGAGUACUCGAAGAGUUGUUGGGACAUAUGGAUAUAUGUCUCCUAAGUAUGCCAUGGAUGGUGUCUUCUUGGUGAAAUCUGAUGUUUUCAGCUUUGGCGUCUUAGUCCUUGAAAUCAUUAGUGGCAAGAAGAGCAGAGGGGUUUCCAUAUCCAAGCACGAAGGAAACCUUCUAGCGCAUGCGUGGAGUUUAUGGAUGGAAGGUAAUGGCUUGGAUCUAGUAGAUGGAUCAAUCAGUAGCUCAAUUUCUAUAAUUGAAGCCUUAAACUGUAUAAAGGUAGGCUUAUUGUGUGUUCAAGAAUGUCCAAAUGACAGGCCGACAAUGUCCUCUGUGGUACUGAUGUUGGGCAGCAAGAAUGCAUCCUUGCCAGAUCCAAAACAUCCUGGUCUUUUUCCAACCGGAGCAUCCUCUAAAGUCGAGUCAUCAAAAGGCAAGACAAACUCAGCAAGUGUAAAUGAAUUAUCAGUUACGACAGUUGAAGGUCGAUGA